AUGUCUGGUCUACCAUUGCCCGCUGGAUGGGAACAAGCAGUAAGUACCAAGAAAACGGGCGGAGCGUUCGAUCACAACACAGGCCAAUAUUAUUAUAUCGAAACAGCAUCAAGAAAAACAACUUGGGAUCAUCCAGGAAUACAGCAACAGCAACCACCACAACAUAAUAACUACACAGCUAUCCACCCAGCUUAUUCUCCGCAGCAGCAACCACAGCACGUUUUAUAUUCGAAUUAUAAUGUCACCAACCUAAAUCAACAUCAACAUCAACAACAUCCUCAAUUUAAUAAUAUCAACAAUCAUCGAAAAUCAGAGCCAUAUUAUUUGAUUAUCCCGCAGCAACAUCAGCCUCAGCAUCAUCACCCAAAUAAUCCAUUAUCACAUUCCAACCAAAUUCCUUAUCAAAACCAACCAAACCCAAUACAACAAUCACAAAAUCCUCAACAAAUACCGAAUUCAUUAAGACCUGGUCAUCAAACUUCUACACAGCCAAAUAGUUCAUCGACGCUGAACAAACGACAAACGUUACCUCAGCAAUCACAAAAUCAUCAACAAAUACCGAAUUCAUUAAAACCUGGUUAUCAAACGUCGGACAAGAAAGAAAAUGAUAGUAAUCAAAAAUCACCAGAAAGAGAAAAAACAAACGAAGAAUUUGAAGAGGCUGCAUAUCUAGCGAGUUUAGAUCUUCAACAACAACAUCAUCAACAAAUCCCGAAUUCAUUAAAACCUGGUUAUCAAACGUCGGACAAGAAAGAAAAUGAUAGUAAU